AUCGAUAGACGAAGGAAGGCACCGACAUUGGCGGUAACGGACCCCAGCGGAAGAUGGCGGGGAUUAUUAAAAAGCAAAUCCUGAAACAUUUGUCCAGGUUCACCAAGAACCUUUCCCCGGACAAGAUAAACCUCAGUACCCUGAAAGGUGAAGGGCAGCUGUCCAACCUGGAGCUCGAUGAAGAAGUUCUCCAGAACAUGCUCGACCUGCCGACGUGGCUGGCUGUCACUCGGGUCUACUGCAACAAGGCCGCCAUCAGAAUACAAUGGACAAAGCUGAAAACAAGCCCCAUCUGCCUGUUCUUGGAUAAGGUAGAGGUUGAGAUGAGGACAUGCGAGGAGCCACGCCCACCCAACGGCCCCUCUCCCAUUGCUAUAACAGCGAGUCAGAGCGAGUAUGGCUUUGCUGAGAAAGUGGUGGAGGGAAUGUCGGUCAGGAUCAACUCCAUUACCAUCAAGGUCCAGGCCCGCGCGUUCCACGCCUCCUUCGAGCUCUGGCAGCUGCAGGGCAACAGCCUCAACCCCAAGUGGCAGCGCAGUGACCUCCGCUACACCCGCAUCACUGACCCCAAGAGAGGAGAGGUGUUGACUUUCAAAGAAAUCACCUGGCAGACUCUCCGAAUCGAGGCAGACGCCAUAGAGAGCGAGGACCAGGACCUCAGCAGCACACCGCUACGUCUCAUCACCAACCAGGGUCGCAUCCGCAUCGCUCUAAAACGGAGAGUAAAGGACUGUAACGUGCUGGCGUCCAAGCUGCUGUUUAUUCUGGACGACCUGUUGUGGGUGCUGACCGACUCUCAGCUUAAAGCCAUUAUUCAUUACGCCAAAUCUCUCAGCGAAGCCAUGGAGAAGUCUGCACAGCAACGGAAGAGCAUGACGGCCGAGUCCCUGCAGACCGCUCCUCCAUCUCCCAGCAUUCAUAGCCAGUGGCCAGAACCUCCACCUUCGUCCACAAGCACCCCCAACAACAUAAGUCAAUAUUUUGAUCUCUAUGACAUCAAGGAGUCUUCCUGCCACACCUUCAUAUCACGCUUGGACUUACACAUAUGCAAUGACAGCUCUUCAAUGGAUGAAGACGAGCCUCCUCCUCCGGGCCUGCAGUGUGCCAUGCAGCUGACGUUCAGGAAGCUGGGCUUUGACUACUAUCCCAUUCACAGACCUGCUGAUGGGUGUCGACACUGGGAACGGCACAGUGGCGCCAUGGAGGCCCAGGCCCAGUGGGCUGGGAAACUUCUGCAGGAGUACCAGAAACGAGCCGAGGCCUGUGGGUUUCCUCGACCACAUGCUGACGUGUCCCAGCCGACCAAAGAGUCCUCUGCAAAGACAACCCAAAAUGGACAGUCCAGCCCCUUGUCUGACAAAGAGCAGGCGUCCCGGCAGAGCUCGGCUCUGAAGAGGCUCCGAUCAAGCUGUGUGGUGAUCAGGAUGGAUGACGUGGACAUUCACCAGGUGUCUACGAGAGGCCGCCAGAACAAGAAGACAAAUUCUUUAAUAUCCUGUAACCGCAAAGCUCUGAACUUACCUGAUAAUGUUCCAGCAGUUCACCUGCAGUUUACUGAGUACUACUUUCCUGACAGCUCCUCUUUGCCAGCACCUACUUCCAAACUGUAUGCUCAGCUAAACGGCCUCCAGCUCUGUGUGGACCCAGUCAGCAUGCUGUGGAUCAACCUGUUUUCCAGGGGUCUUCUGCACACCCUGGACCAGGUCAAAGCUUUCUACCAUUUGCAGGACAGCAGUAAGGCUGAUGAGCACAUGGACGUCCGCCUGGAUGCUGCUCAACUUAAGCUGAUAAUUCCUCUAGAUUCAUCCAUACUGGACCAUCCAGAGCGUCCUCAGUCCCUCUCCGUUGUCAUGCCCCAAAUUGUUGUCAGCAACACCCGCCACUGCCCCCACGGCUCCAAAGCGGACCUCAGCAGCACCUGUGAGAAGUUCUCCGGCCGCUCUUUCUUCCAGCCCACGCCUCCUUGCCCCUACCCCAGAGACCUGAGCGCCUUCCACCCCCUCCCUUCCUGUUUCCUCCGGCACGCUCAAGAAGCAGAAGCCCAGCCUCUGGACAGGAGGCAGCUGCGCUCCCAGGACGUCUGGUCUCUCAGCCUGUCCCGUGUCACGCUGGGUUUCGAUGGAGCACGGCGAUUCCCCAAAGGCAAAACCCAACCUUUCAUCGAGCCCUUUGCCAUGUCCGUGUGGAUGUGUCAACCACCCGCUGCCGUCAAAGGUCAAUCACCUUCUAGUUCCCCUUCUAGUCCCAACGGAGACCACGUAAAUUCUUCAGAGCAGGGUGCUCGUCAGCACCAAGAUUUGUUUGCCUCUUUUCAUUUCCUGGCUCACACAAUCACUCCGCUGAGGAUGUGGCUCAAUCACUACCAGUACGUCGCCCUGCUGAGGAUGAAGGACGCCAUGGCCCGGCUGGGGGCCGAGCUGAGCCGGGACGUACGAGGCGUUAAACAGAUUCGUGGCCAGAAGACAAAUCCCCCUACAGUGUGUUUUUCUCUGUUGGUGGACUCGGUGAAACUGGGUCUCCUUUUGCCACCAGCUUCCUCUGAGCCGGAAGAAGAAGUCCCCCACUCUCCAGAAACGGACAGCCCCAGCAUGACGGACUCUGACUUUUCUCCCACUCAUCUUCCGGUCGACGUCCCAGAGGACAGCGGGUUAACAAACGGUGUGUCAUCCAUUGCAGCAGCGGUCAUUGUAUUCACUCGGGACGAACACGACGGUGUGGUGGAGGAGGCGUUUGAGGCCAUGGAGGAGGUGGUGGAGGUCAGCGGGCUCACAGCGAAGGAGGAGCCCGCCGGUCUCUCGCCUCCCCUUUCCCCUGGACCCUCCCCGGUCAUGUCCCGCGAGCCGUCCACCUUCAGCCUGGAGGGAGAGCUUUCGAGCGCAAUUAACGUCACCAAGGACGUGACCAAAGACGCCAUCAGUGCCUCGCUGGACCUGACCAAAGGGGCGUUUUCCAUAACGAAAGACGCCUUCAGCAUGCUGAGUCGUGGUUCAGGCAUGAGCAAGCUGUUCAGCGCUCCAACGAGGGAGCAGAUUCCACGCUCAGAAGAAUCCCCCCCCUCGUCACGCCUCCAGUCCUUGAAGCAGUCCAACUCUCAGACGUCCUUCGACAGCGCUAUUUUGGACGGCAGCUUGCCGGAUGACAAUCUGUCUGUCGAUAGUGAUUUCAGCGACAACUUUGUUGUUCUCGUGGACUCAGAAUCAGGCGUGGAGUCCGUGCGCCCCAACAACACGCCUGCAGGCAGCCAAAGCAGCCCAGCCCCGGGGACGGAGAGACGCUCAUCGGCCGAUCUGAGCAGUUCCCUGUCCCAAAGUAUAGAGGACAUAUCCCAGGACAUGUCUUCAGUGUUGCUGUUAGUCCUGAGUGGUACAGCUUGCACCAUGGAGGUCCGAGGAGAAGACCAGGUUGUGGCUGUCCAAGCACUGAAUCUGACCCCUGUACAGUUGGGCAACGUCAGGCAGUCAGAUGUUCUGGCUGGUCUUGUACAAGCUGCAGGAGAACCGGCCCAGAAGCAGGACUGCCAGCGCAGCGGCAACUCUCCUGUCUUUCUCAUGCGAGCAGAAACGGGUCCAGCUGCAGCUCAGCGCUCUGCUCUGGCUGAGUCCUCUGGCUUUCUGGACGUUCGACUUCAGAACUGUAAGGCAGAGCUGUUGGCCUCAACGGUGACUAACAUCGGCCCCUUCCUGGAAGACGAAUUCAGCGUCGACGGUCAGCCACUGAGGUUACACCUGCACAACGUCACCGUCGUUAUCAAGGAUGAUGGCCCCAAAAUCUACCCCACAGCUCCACAACCUGUUCCAGCUAAGUUCAUUAUUGAUCAGCUUCUGCUUGAGCGAAGUGAUGAUGGCAUGAUGAGAGUCAAAGCUGAAAGCACGGACACUAAACCUGUGGUGGACUUUACAACUCGGGCUGACUCCAACAACUUCACCUCUGUUCAGCACCAGACUGAGAGACGAACAGAGGAGUCGGAGCUCUGCCAGACCCAGGCUGCGCUGUCUCAGGCCCUCAGAGACCAAGAGCGCCUCCUUCUGGAGGUCAGGAGGUACAACCCCACCUUCACACUCUGAUCCUUCGAAUCAGCUCACCUCAGUCAAGAGAAUUCAGAAAAACGCACAGAAGAAAGUGGACGAUGGAUCCAAAUCAUGGCUUCGGAUCACUUUCAGCUUGUUCACUAAAUUCAUACGGUUCGUACGAAAAAAAAACCUCCCUAAGGGGAACUCUGAAAUAACAUUUAGGUACAAAAAUGGUACUAUUUUUCUUUUUUAUCAAACACUCUGAUAUUCCUCACUGCUGUGCUAAACUAUAAAAAAAACGACUAUUAUUUUUAAUUUUAUUUGGUUGAGAUCAGUGUGGGCUGUAAUGUCAUUGUGUGGUUUCACUGUAAAAAAAUCACAGCAUGCAAAACCAUGAAGCUUUAAUUCUUUCCACUUGUGUUACGGACAUUUUGCACAGACACUGCCAGACAGCUGCUCAGCCACCAACCACUUCUGUGACAGAGCAUGCCUAGUGAACCGUGCUAACUAAAUUACAACUGUAGCACUUUUUUUUCUUUUAGCGGCAGCACAGCUUGACUUAUUGGUAGUUUACUUUUGUGUGGAAGGUUAAGUUUACGUUUUGAAGUAUAGUUGGGUAAUAUUGUUUUGUAAGAAGUGGAAGAGGAAAAAAAGCACUUUUUAAUUUAAAGGGAACCCUGUUAGAAGCAUUAGACAUUAUUUGAUAAACAUUUACUUCAACUGCCAAACAGCCUCAACAUCAGCUUAGUUAGUUUUCAUGUUAGCGCCUGAGCUAAUACAUACACAUAUGGUGAUAUAGCUUUAGCCAUAUGUGUGUAUAUAUAUAUAUAUAGCUCUCCUUCCAUGAAGCAGCUCUGUCCACCAUCAUACAGUAUUUCUACAGGUUUUGUGUUACAGUUGAAGUAAAUGUUUAUGAAAUGUCUAAUGUUGCAUGUAGUCUGGGUUUCCUUUAAGACCUCUACAUUUUAUUGUUUUAUCAGCAGGUGGACUUUAUCAAGUUCUCAUUGUUUUGUUUUUUUUUUUUGUUUGUUUUUUAAAAAGCUUGUUGGAUUAUUUUCCAGUGUUUUGUUGUUCUAAGACUUGCGAAACGGUCAUGUUUCUUUCGUACUGUGAAAUCUGUCGUGUGGGCCAACGUCCACUGAAGACAACACUUCCUACAGUCUGUCCCCUCCGCUCUGGAGACGUAACUUCAAGGGUCAGACCAUCUUCCAGGAGUCUUGUCGAAACGGCGUCUGUAGCUCGCCAAAAGACAACUCAUGAGGUCGAUCAGCUCAGACACAUUUGUUUUUAUUUGUGUGUAUUUAUUUGGAUUAAUUUGUGUUUACUGGAUCCGAUGCACAGCCACACUGAAGCCAUGGCAGUCAAAGAAAGUAUUAUUUAAAGACUGUGAUCUAUCAAACAAAAAAUAACUAGAAAACAAUGUUUUAGUUGCUAAAUUUAACAAACUUUUAUUGAAGAAACAAAUCUGCAGUGUGAUGUUGAAUCAGGUUAUUUUUAGUAAAAGUGUUUUUUUUAUCAUUUAACUUGUUAUAAACUAACAGGGUUUUACUUAUAUCAUUUGAGCUGUUUUUAACAGUGUAAAGGUACGUUGGAGACACCUGGUGGCAGAGAUUUGUCACUACUGGUCCCCGUUAAAUGAUCUGAUCAGUUUGAUGUUGCUGCGCUGCAGGCUAAAAAAACAAAAACAAACAAAACCUGUUUACAUUCUUUCAGAGGAAUGUUGCCCGUUAAGCAAUAGGAAAACAUUUUACUUGAAACAUAUCGUUCAAAUUAAACGCUACUUUUUAUGUGGAACUUCAUGUGUGUCGUUUGUCAGAUUCCCUCGGCUGCAUGCAGACUUUAAACGUGUAUCUGUGUAUCUUUUUCUUCUUAGCUGUUGCUCUCUGUUUCUGCAUGGCCUUAAUAAAACAACAGUGUGAUGGUAUGAAACUACAUGUAGCCCUGAAAGGUUUCCCUCUGCUUCCUUCCUCUCUGUCAGGACUUAAAGUAGCAUCUCUGUUCCUCUGACAAACUGGUGCUUUGCGUUUAGAAUUUCCUCAUAACCUGUUACGCUGGACUUCCUUUGCACUCGAAGGCAAGGUCGACCGUUUCCACAACAGCUCGCAGCCUCUGAGCCGCGCAGGGAGAUGAGCAGAGGCUCCACAUGCAUGUGCUGAAGUGAUUUAUUUUAUUUCUACCGAUGCCUCGUAGACGACUUUGCACUUGUUUUAAUGUUGAUCACUUUAAAGGAACACAGAGGAGAAAAACUGGACAGUAUUGUUUUUUUUUUUUUUUUUUGGUCUGUUGUGUAACAUUAAAUUUUGUAUGGUUUUCAUCACUUCAUUAAAACUAAUGUAAAACUGGUUCUGUGAACCAAAGCUUAAGUCAGAGAGGAAAUAAAAUGUUAAAACAUG